GGGGCCUGAGAGAAAACAAAAGCAGCUGAGGUUGCCCUGCACGCGAUGCCCACGGGCUGCUCCAGGGAGAGGGGGCACGGCAGGAAUGUGAGGCUGGAGCCUCCUGACUCCAUCUGAGCUUCCCACAAGGGCAGCGAAGGGCCAAGAGGAGCAGAGCUUCCCUUAGAGGCACAGAUCAGCGGAGAGAUCAGCUUCUGCCCAUCCCGAGAGCCCUCCUGGCCUGCCCAUGGCUAGCAACAACACUGCUAGCAUAGCACAGGCCCGCAAGCUGGUGGAGCAGCUGAAGAUGGAGGCCAACAUCGACAGGAUAAAGGUGUCCAAAGCAGCAGCAGACCUGAUGGCGUACUGUGAAGCCCACGCCAAGGAGGACCCUCUAUUGACCCCCGUCCCGGCCUCAGAAAACCCCUUUAGAGAGAAGAAGUUCUUCUGUGUGAUCCUGUAAACCCAGGAGGAGCCUGACGGGCACUCAGGCCACCCUGAACACUGAUGUAGAGUUUUUAGGAAUGGGGACGACCUGCUGGUCCGCAGAAUUUAAACAAAAAUAAGUAAAAAACACGGCCUGGAAGCUACAGAGAUGUGCAUGUUUAAAGAACCUGGCCACCUUUGGGGGAAUCAGAUGAUCUGCAUUGCAAGGCAAAAGAUCUGAAGUCUGUAGAGUUGCCUAGAAAGAGAAAAACAAACAAAAAAAAAAAACCAUGUAAAGAAUAAAUCUGUGUCACUUUUCUGCUCACAAAA